GAUGUCUCAUGUCAUCUUUGGUGUGCUUGGAAUGGCAACAAAGCUUAAUUUUUUCGUAAAUCUUGUCAAGUAAUAUUUUAUAUUAUUUACUGCGUACUUUGUGAAUAAGUGUUGCAGUGGUAAAUACCACAAUAUGCCGUCUGUAGACGUUCUCCCUCCAGGGGAGACUAAUGAAAAUGAAACCCCAACUACUCAGCCUGUCGUUGGUAUUAUAUAUCCCCCUCCUGAGGUGAGAAACAUUGUCGACAAAACCGCCAGUUUUGUUGCGAGAAAUGGGCCCGAGUUCGAAGCAAGGAUCCGGCAGAAUGAAAUCGGAAACCCUAAGUUCAACUUCUUGAACUUCGGCGACCCUUACCAUGCAUACUACCAGCACAAGGUCAAGGACUUCAGGGAAGGCAGAGGGCAGGAGCCAGUGGCGCCUGGCAUCGCGGUGGCACCGCAGAAGCUGGCACUCACUAGCACCCAGCAGAAACAGCAAGAAAUCCUGAAGCAGGUGGAGCAAGCGUUCGUGCCCAGGGAUCCGCCCCCGGAGUUUGAGUUCGUUGCUGACCCGCCGUCCAUCUCAGCCCUUGACCUGGACAUAGUGAAGCUGACGGCGCAGUUUGUCGCCCGUAACGGGCGCCAGUUCUUGACGAACCUCAUGAAUCGCGAGCAGAGGAACUACCAGUUUGACUUCUUGCGCCCACAGCAUUCUCUCUUCCAAUACUUCACCAAGCUUCUGGAGCAGUACACCAAGGUGCUGAUCCCGCCCAAGGACCUGAUGUUCCGGCUGAAGGACGAGUGUGAGUCGAUGCGGUCGAUCCUCGACCAGGUCAAGUACCGCACCGAGUGGAUCAAGUACCAAGAGGCACAGCGACGCAAGGAGGAAGAAGAGCUGGAGAAAGAGCGAGUGGCCUACGCUCAGAUCGACUGGCAUGACUUCGUCGUGGUGGAGACGGUCGACUACCAGCCCUUCGAGCAGGGGAACUUCCCGCCACCGACCACGCCGGACGAGGUCGGAGCCAGGGUGCUCAUGCAGACCCGCAUCGAGGAUGGAGAGGAGAUAGAGAUGCAGAUAGAGAGCGAGGAGGAAGAGAACGAGGAGGAGGAAGAAGAAGAAGAAGAGGUGGUGGAGGAAGUUACAAAGCAGGAGGAGGAAAAACAGGCAAAGGAAGACAAGCCAGAGUCGGAGGACCGGCUGGACAAAGAGGCCAAGGACAACACACAGGUACAAGACAUGGAGGAGGAGUCGUCAAGCGAGGACGAAGAUGACAAAGCCACACCCUCUGCAGCCAAGAAGCCACUGCCCCCGCUCCCACCCCCGCGCACCAAAGAGAUCCCUCAACCGCCCCCGGUGCCACCGUCCCCCGACAAGGUCAUAGUCAAGAAGGGAUACGACCCUAAACAAGCGGUGAGGUCGAGCAAGCCGCCCGCCUCCGACGAGCUGCUCAUCUCGCCCAUCACCGGGGAGAAGAUCCCAGCCAGCAAGGUGCAGGAGCACAUGCGCAUCGGGCUGCUGGACCCACGCUGGGUGGAGGUGCGUGACCGCCAGAUCCAGGACAAGAUGAACCAGGAGUCCGUCUACGCCCCAGGGUCUGCCAUUGAGAUGAGUUUGAAGCAGUUGGCAGAGCGCCGUACCGACAUCUUCGGUGUGGGCGACGAGGAGACGGCUAUCGGUAAGAAGAUCGGGGAAGAAGACAAGAAGAAAGAUGAGAAGGUGACGUGGGACGGCCACACUUCCAGCGUGGAGGCGGCGACACGUGCGGCCCGCGCCAACAUCACGCUCGAGGAGCAGAUCCACCAGAUACACAAGGUGAAGGGCCUGCUGCCCGACGAGGAGAAGGAGAAGAUCGGGCCGAAGCCCGUCUCAUCGUCCGGUGGGGAGCGGGCCUCCUCCGCUGCCCUCCCGCUGCCACCGGGCACCAAGGCCCCGCCCCCGGCACCCUCCAAGCCCCCUGUGCCCCCGCCGCCCCCGCCCAAGUCCCAGCCUCAGGCUCCGCCCCCGCCUCCACCCGCCCCCAUGCCCAUGGGCAUGCCGCACAUGCCGAGCCUGCCGCCGCACCCGCCCAGCCUCAUGAUGCUGCCACUGAGGCAGCCUCCGAUGAUGGUGUCAGCCAGAAAUCCAUUCCCCGUUGCCCCAGCACCCUCGAUGUCAGGGUUCAUGGGGCCUCCGGGUGGCCAGAUGCAGCAGCCGCAGCCGCCUCCACCGGGCCCCAUGAAGCAUCAUUCUGACAUGUCUGAUGACGAACCGCCCAAUAAAAAACUUCGCACUGAAGAAACUUUGAUUCCUGAGGAACAGUUCCUUGCCAAAUACAAGAUGCCGGUACCACUGAAGGUGGCGAUCCCGAACAUGAGCGAGAAACCUGAGUGGCGGCUGAACGGGCAGCUGCUGGGGCUGACCCUGCCUCUCACCGACACUGUCGCCGUCAUCAAGGCCCGGAUCCACGAGGAGACGGGCAUGCCCCCGGGCAAGCAGAAGCUGCACUGGGAGGGCUUGUUCUUCAAAGACUCAAACUCACUGGCAUACUAUAACAUCAUGCCUGGGACAAUUAUAAACUUGCAACUUAAAGAACGUGGAGGCCGCAAGAAAUGAAUCACCGACCACCGUGUAUGUGUUGUUCAGAUGUACAGUUCAUUUUAUAAUAUGUAUUAAUGUAGGUUUCUUGUCUUACUCUCUUAUGUUGAUCAUGCUGAAGUGGUACGUGAUGUAAUAGUAACAUUUUAAACAUUUUCUAUUGGUGUAGCUGAACAGAAUGUAAAUUUUCUUUCAGGUUGUUUCAUAAAUCAAAUAGAUACAAAAUAUUUUGAAAAAAUAAUGAAUAUCAGAAGCAUAAGUUACUGAGUAUUUCAUAUUGUCUUCAAGGUGUUAACUUGUAAUACAAGUCAUCUCCAUUACUAAAUUAUUGCUUGGCAACCACAAAAUAUCAUCUAAAUAAUAAAAAUAUAACUAAAAAUAUUAUGUUGAUAAGCUAGCCGUUUUACAGAUAUACUUAAUACAUGUUAACUUUAUUUGGUACCUCUUAGGUAAAAACAAUAGCUCAGAUUUUGAAGGUGUCAGGACAUGAAAAGUCCAGAAAAAACACAGCAAAAAUAACUUAAUUUUCAUCAGAUAUUUUGUUUCGAGUUACGUGUGUGUACCCAGGGCCUUCUCCACUCGGACAAUGAGUUUGAAAAUUUGAAUUAUUUUUGCUGUAUUUUGUCAUAUUUUUUGUGUUUUCUUUCAAUCAGGCAUUCCUUUUAUUUUUGCAACAUAUUCUCAAGUAAUUAAUAAAACUUAGCUUUAAGUGCAGCCAUUGAAAUUUUUUACAUUUUUGACUGCCUUCUUUAAAACAGUGAUGUCUUCUAUAGUUUCAGGCAAUAGACUUGCAAGUUCAUUUUUCUCAUUAUUGUAAACACGUUUGUUGUGAUGAUGUAGAUGUAUCCAAAGCCGUGUACACAAAAAGGUACUUGCAGAUGAACCUCUUUAAUACAAAAUUAAUAGAGUGUAUGUAAUUUUGGCACUUAGUAAUAGUCUUUAGUACUAAGCAAACUUUUGAAAAAUUAGUUAAAUUUCAAUUAUGACAUUUCUAAAGAAAGUUGUAAUAAAGUUAAAAACAUUUCUCUUAGUUACUACUAAUUGCGUAACACAACCUAAAAAAUUAUUAUGGGCUCUAAGUAAACUUACACAUUAUGAUUAUAUUAAUAUAGUUCCAAAUGUACUUUAAGGAUUAGAGAUUUGCGAGCCUAAGUAUUUUACUUCGAGCCGAGCUCGAUCGAGCCUACUUGAAAGUUCUCGAGCUUUGAGCGAGCUCGAGCUUUUGUGGUACAGUUGCACUUUUUGGAAAUUAUUUUUACUUUAAACUUAGCAUAAUGUUUGAAUAAAGUGUUAAAAUGAAGUGGGCUUAUUAAUUUUGGUAACUAUUUGCAGAGUGCAUUUACAUUUUGCCCUGCUAGAAAAAUACAUUUUUGUCAUUGAAUCUUACCUGUUUCCAUUGGUUCAUUAGUAACUGAUAUCAUUCAACUACAUAAUCACAGUUUACAAGCAUAUGUUUGUGUAAAUUUAACAUAUCAUUAGAAUAAUUUCAUCCUUGUCAAUUUUUCUGGAGUCCUUACUUAGCUUCAACAAACUUAGCACCAAAAAUCAUGUUGUUUGGAAAGUACAUUCACAUUGUUUCAACAUUUCCACUUUUCAGCACAAAAAUUCUGAGAGAGAUUGUCAUAGAGUAUUAAAUUCUGUUCUUUAAUCUAUCAUGCAGAAAAAUAAUUAUUUUUGCAUUUUCAGGAGUUAAAUCAGAUUACGAUUGGAGAUGGUGUUUCUAGCAGUAGAGAAGAGUCUCUCGCUAGCAACUUGUAUGGCUGGAAUGCUUAAGUAAUGUCUUACCACUGGUGCUAUCAAUUCUAAACGUGACAUGUACUCCUGCCACCAUUUGGAAGGACUGCUGGUUCUUGGAAUAGUAGGUAGGGACAAAAAUUCUUGCAACAAUUUUUGUUUGUCACUUAACCAUGUGGUAUUUCUUUUGUUGUGCCGUAUGCUUUAACGAAUUACUUUGAAAACAUAAUUAACCACGCAACGACAGUCGAACCUCUUAUCUAUUGUUUCUCAGGGGACUAACAAAAAAAUUCAGUAGAUGCGGACAUUCAAUAGAUGUGGACUUCACUCUUAGAUUUUGAAAAAAAUUGCUUAACCUCAAAAUUAGUGUCAGAAAUAUUUCUUACUUGUCAUUAGUUUAAUCAAUUGAAAAUAAUAAAAAUAGAAGCAUUUUACUUUAUUCAAUUUACACUUGCAAAAAAAAACAUAACGCACAAUAGACCUACAAGGAAAUUAAAGUCUUUUUCAAUAUCCUGAAAGCUGAAAUAUGUUUACUCAUGUCAUCAAAUGUAGAGCUGUACCGAUACGAAUCGGCAGAAGCUGAUUUUGCCGUUAUUUGGUUGAAUCAGCAUUUCUGCAGAUUUCCGAUACGCUUGUUAAUUUUCGGCCGAUAUUACUGAAAAACGAAAGUGUCUGCCAUAACCUAAAAAUCCACUAGUACCCUUUUCACUUUUCAUAGUUAUACUGCAUUCUUUCAACUCGCAUUAUUUCUUAGCAACAUGUGCCAACCGUACAUAUCAAAAUUGAACAUCCUUUUUUUUUUCAAUAAUAUUCUUUAAUUUUAAUACAUCAUAAUUCAUAAAUAAAUAAUACAUUACUAUCACGGUAAAUAUACAUUUCGGUUGUUACGGUAACUAUAGUGCAAAUGUGGUAGCUAUCAUGCUUCUGUAGUAAUUAUGGUACCUACAAAGAAUCUUUAGUUCUUUUUAUGGUAAUUAUCUUAAGAUAACUAUUAGGUUUGUACUGUAGUUAUGGUACAUCAUCCAUAUUUCUUUGUAAGUUGUUGUUUAUUUGUCUUUUCUUCACAUUUACUUGCACUUUUACUAUUUGAGACAGGAAUUUUUGGAAAAAUUUCAAACGGGACUUUAUAUCACAUUUAACGGCGUAAAUGACGAGACCCCAGAAAAAUACGGAAAAACCUACAAUGCGGGACCGUCGUAAGCAAGUUUUACUGUAUUUUCUUCCGUAAAUAGUAAUACACCGUCACAAUGCAUUCCGGCCAAAUAACCUGCUGCUGUUGAAAUUCGAAAUUUUUGAGCCUUACAAUUUUUUCGAGCUGAGCUCGAUCUUGAAGUAAGUACUUGGCUUGAGCUUGAUUUUCGAGUACUCGUAGACCUCUAUUAAGGAUAGUAAAAAAUAAUUUAAGGUACAUACAUCUUAGUUCAUUACAUAAUCUUUUUUACUUAUAACAAGCAUUUACCAAAGUAGAAUGUACUAAAGUUUUAGAAAUCACCUACAAGGAAACAUACAAUAAUUUUGGAUGAAUAUGCACUUUCUAAGCUGUUUUUAUAAUUGUACACUGAACCAAAAAGCUAGCCUCAGUAUUAUUUUAGUUGAAUUUUCUAAUUUUUCUUUUCAUCAUCUUGUGAUGUUUGUACUAUUGAUUCUUUAAUAUCGUAGUUACCCGAAAAUAUUGAUGCACUGAAUAUAAUGCAACUCCAAUCAUUUGAUUUUGAGUUUAUGAAAAAUACUUCAGGGGGUAAAAAUCACAUUUAAAACACACAGAUAUUACUAAUUAUUUAAGCUAGUAAAUUAAUACCAUAUACAGAUUUUCUGUUACCACUUUUUUUCAUGGUCUUAUUUGAAACUACCAGAGACAAUUAGAAGAGAGAAAAAAGGCAGCAAUUAUAAAGAAAAGCAUUUUAUGGCUGUAGUUCAUUAGUCAUUCGUCAGAGAGCAAAGAAUUAUGGUCUCCUGGAAACUGGAAGGAAGGAGAGGAGGGGGACAUUCCAAAGUGUUAUCUGGUGUCAUGUGUCACACCUGCUGCACAGUUCCCAGGCAGAUUGUGUAGUUAUAACUAAGCUGAAGUUCAGGAGGCAGUAAUUACCAGUGGUCUAAAGUGGUUUAAUUGACGCAGUUAUGUGGCAGAGCGUGUGGUUUUUUAAUUAAUUUGACGUCUUCCAGCUGCAAGAUACAAGUUUGCGAUCAUAAUACGACUCUUACUUUUAGGUUUAGCAGUUUUGGUAAAUACGGUACUUGUAAUUAUUUCUCCAUGGGACAAAAUCUCAUUUGUUUUUUUUAUGAAAUAUCCAUACAUUUUUUCUAAAAAAAACUGCUUAGCUUUGUAAUUCCUGUGUCAUUUCUAGGAACUGUGAAAGGACUUUUUAUUUAUGAAACUUUAAAAGUUUUUUAAUCGAUGUUUUACUAUUGCUGCAUUUACGAGGGUUGGAACUUUAAUAGUGGCAACUGUUUAUUUACAACUGAUACAAAAGUGAUACAUAUUACAAAGUUUUACUGUCCUUCAGUGUAGUCACUAGCAUUGUGUACAAUCCGGUGCCAGCAAUUUGGAACUUGAAUGAUACCUUUAGCAGCAUCUGUUGUGUUGAUAGUUAAAAUGGAGCGUAUACUGCCUGAAGAGUCUCUAGAAUAUUUUUGAAGUGAAUCCACUAAGUGGUUCCUUCAUCUUAGGAAUCAAAUCAAAGUCGCAAGGUGUAGUAUGGUAGAUGGUAUAUAGCACUUCCAGCUCCAUCGGUCAAAAAAAAAUUGCCACAAUCUGCGCUGCAUGUGGCCGAGCAUUGCAUUGUGCUGCAAAGUGAUGAGUGGGUUCUGCAGAAGUGUCCUCGCAAACCUCUUGAAGACUUUGUUGACAAUGUCAUGCUGUACGACCUCUGGCACAUUCAAUCUUUAUCCAACUCCAUUGCCCUGUUCCAAAAAUUUCACGACGACACUACAUUCGACAGCCAGCUGACAUGUGGCUCUGUUCUUCUCGUCAGUGCGCAUGUGCGUGAUGUGGGAAGGCAGAGGUAAGGUAGGUGUGUAACAAAUGUGUGAUGUAAGCGACAUUAUUUGGUUCUGUUGCAUGGCGUUUCUGCAGCAGUGUUGCCACUAUUAAAAUUCCAUCCCUCGUAACAUUUUGUAACAAUGAUCAAUCCACUCAUUUAUUGUACAAAAAUUGUUUAUAAGAGGCUGUCCUGCUAAACUGCACAAGAUAAAAUACUAUUUUUAAUCUUAUUCUAUCAUCAGUUCUGUUUGCUGAAAUGCAGUGAAAAUGAAUAGGAUUUAUUUUAAGUCUCUUGAACUGUAUUCUAUAGAAAAUAUUUAUAUGGUACAUAUGUUUUUAAAAAAAAUUUCAGUGUACAUCCAGCAUAUAAAAAAUUUGUAAUAGAAGUAAAUAAAUGACUUUAAAACAAA